AUAACAUUGGCUGCAGAGCAAUGACUUGAGGGGUCUGGGGAAAUUUGUGCAGACCAUAAAUUCAUCUGCUCUGGUCCGUCCUGUUUUCGCUGAACUUAACUGUGGUUGUCGCAUUGUGUGUGUGCGUGUGUAUGUGUGAGAGAAGAACGAGCAGGUGACCCGGGUGAAGGUGUAAAACGUGUCUCCCGGUUUUCUAUCAAAGCUGUAUAAGCAGGUAUAUAGUCGGCUAGCUUGUUAGCUAAGAGUGGCUAAAAUGAACUACCAGAUGAACGGUUUCAUUAACAGCAGCAGCUCGGUUUACGAUGAAGACUGCUUCCUCUUCACUUCUGAGUCAGUUGGAGAAGGACACCCCGAUAAAAUCUGUGACCAAAUCAGCGAUGCUGUGUUGGAUGCACACCUCAGACAAGAUCCUGACGCCAAAGUAGCAUGUGAGACUGUUGCCAAGACUGGGAUGAUCCUGCUGGCUGGGGAAAUCACCUCCAGGGCUAAUGUGGACUACCAGAAGGUUGUCAGGGACACAAUUAAACAUAUUGGCUAUAACGACUCUUCCAAAGGCUUUGACUACAAGACUUGCAAUGUGCUGGUGGCUUUGGAGCAGCAGUCCCCUGACAUUGCCCAGGGAGUUCACCUGGAUCGCAAAGAGGAGGAUGUCGGCGCCGGUGAUCAGGGUCUGAUGUUUGGGUAUGCCACUGAUGAGACUGAGGAGUGCAUGCCUCUUACCAUUGUCCUGGCUCACAAGCUCAAUGCCAAGAUGGCUGAAUUGCGGAGAAAUGGAGAGCUGCCCUGGCUCCGCCCCGAUUCCAAAACUCAGGUGACUGUUCAGUACAGGCAGGAUAGAGGAGCCAUGGUACCUCUGCGCGUCCACACAAUUGUGAUCUCUGUGCAACACGAUGAGGGCGUAGGUUUGGAUGAGAUGCGUUGCUCUCUGAAGGAGCGGGUGGUGAAAGCUGUGGUUCCCAGCGGGUUUCUUGAUGAUGACACCAUCUACCACCUGCAGCCCAGUGGUCGCUUUGUCAUUGGAGGACCACAGGGUGAUGCUGGACUGACCGGGCGUAAGAUCAUUGUCGAUACUUAUGGGGGUUGGGGAGCCCAUGGCGGUGGAGCUUUUUCUGGGAAGGACUACACAAAGGUAGACCGCUCUGCAGCCUAUGCUGCCCGUUGGGUGGCCAAAUCUCUAGUAAAAGCUGGGCUCUGCAAGCGUGUCUUGGUCCAGGUAUCCUAUGCCAUUGGUGUUGCCCAUCCCCUCUCUGUCUCAAUCUUCCACUACGGGACCUCCCAGAAGAGUGAAAGGGAGCUGCUGGACAUUGUGAACAAGAACUUUGACCUCCGUCCAGGAGUUAUUGUCAGGGAUCUUGACCUGAAGAAGCCCAUCUACCAGCACACAGCAGCUUACGGUCACUUUGGUCGUGAUGUCUUUUCAUGGGAGGUGCCAAAGAAGCUGAUGUACUGAACACCCCCCUCCUGUUUAAUGGGCCUUGUAUCUGUCAUCCUUCCUCCUUCCAGUCUUCUCCUUUUUUAAAAUUCUUCACCUCACAAACAGCCACACUUUGACAGCCUUUGCUACAUACAAAAUGCCCUUUAUCCACAUGUUGGUACACAUCCCUGCAGAGAAAAAAAUAGCUAUUUCAGUUCAGUUGCCAAGACCAGAAUUUAAGCACUGCAGCCAGACUCAAAUCAUUUCUGGUGCAUUUCUUUUUCUUUUGCAUAAUUAAUGGAGAUCAUGUUUCCUGGCACACCUAUGAAAAGAGUGCACCGAUUUGUAUGUCAGCAAAUCUGGUAUUAUUGACACCUCUAUAUUAAAACAUACUUGCAUACAGUAAUGAAAACACUUCUAGUAUUCCACAACCUUCCAAUUCAGAAUCUCACUGCAGUGUAGUUUUAGAAGUGAUCAGUGGAAAUGUUUUGUCUAACUUGACGGUAACUUCACAGUACAGAAACAUCUUCUAUUCCGCUUUUUUUUUUUUUUUUUUUUUUUUUUUUUUUUUGUAACUUUUGAUGGCACAGAUGGGUCAAACGCUACAGUUUUUUUUUAAAAAUCUAUUUAUUUAGAUUUUUAUUUGUGCUGUCCCUUCAGGCCAGUGUUUUCUGACGUUUUACAGAGAAGUCAGAAGCUGCUAUGAUCUCGUGGUUAUGUUGGGCUGUACCUCGAUUUAUUUUGUAGGUUUUAAAACAAUGUGAAUGUUACAAAUUAUGUUAAAUGUGUCAACGUUCUGCUGACCAAGAUGAAGGCACAGUACUUGGCAUUACUGAGACAGAGUCUGGGUGUAUUACAGAGAAACCCAGGCUCCGUCACCUCUAAGCAGGGUUGCCUUUAUCUCAUGGAAACACCGUACUUGAAAUAAUUUAUGGUGGUGUUUGAAUGUGGGACCUAAGUUUGCCCAGCAAGGAGGGACAACUGAAUGUUUGUCAAGUCUAUAUUAUUUUUUUAAAUUCAGAAACAUUUUCCCAAUCUUGUUGCCUAUCCUGGUUUGUCCCGCCUGAACUCAAUGGGAAAGUGGAACAUGAAGAGUAAAGCUACAUCACAAAGAUGUGAGCGCCGCACAGCUGCAGUUAGUAGUUCUUAAGGUUACCUAAAUUACAUAUUGCAUGUACAGAUGCUGUUAAUCGAAUGCAGAAGUUGUAAAGGAAGCUUUUCUUUUAAAAUAUUUGUUUUUAAAGAGAUGUAUUCAUAUUUAAUGCCAUACAUUGUGGACUGUGAUUGUGACAAAUCAAAUGUUUCCACGAGAAACAGUUCUGAGAUAACUGCUGUUCUUUUAAAGAGACUGAGACACUUUUUACUAAAACUCUAGAUUGUUCAUGUAUGCGUUAUUGUCAGACCCUGGCUAGAUUCAAACCUGAGGCUUUUAUAGAGUAUUUGCCUUUUAAAUGCUUUUCCUGUUGCACUUCUCACCUAAAUGCUGAUUGAACUCAGGCUUGCAGCAUUUGGAUGUUCCUGUGUUGGUUAUUGGCAGGUUUAAAAUAUACCUGCAUCAUGCAGCUAGAUGGUGCUGUGUUCCCCAAAAUUAUAGUGAAGUAGGUUUUUAGUCUGACUCCUGUAGCACCACCUUGUGGCUCUUUGCAUGUACUACAGAUUUAAAUUGCCCCUACAAAUCUGUCAAACAUGUCUGAAAGAGGGUUAAUGUUCCCCCAUCUUUGUUCACACUCCCACAGUAGUGAUGGUCAUCCAGCAGGCUUUAUAUCUGGCAUUUGCAAACGACUACUUGCACUUAUUGCUGUGCUAAUUAAAUUUUCUCCUGUGAAGUGUAACCACACUUUACUGUUCCCAUUUUGCCGUCUGCUGCACUGUGCUUUUGAGAGCUGCACCCUCACACACAGCCUCUGACAGAGGGAUCAGUUGUAGACGACUGUUUUAAUCUUGCCGCCGAGUGGAAGAGUUGGUGAGAACUUGCCAUGUCCAGUGUAUUUAUUUCUAGGUUACUGUCUUGUGAGUUGAGCAACCCACAGAGAUGCAGGUGUCGCAUUUAUGUGACCACGUUCAUUCAGACUUGGCGCAUGGUUAAAGUGAUAUAUUAAUGUUGCAGUGUUUGGUAAGAUUGCAGUUUUAUUUUUUUAUCAUGCUCUUUCAGGCAUGCAGCAAACGCAUCAGGAUACAAUCACAGUAACAGGAUGCUGUGUCUAAAAGGGGCUGAUGUCUCAGUGGUUAUUUAAAUUAAGGAACCUACUUUUUAAACUUUGUGCCUCCUCCCGCUCAUCCACAGAUGGAGAAAAUGGUAGUUGGUGUUGUACAGAGAAACCAGCCUGUUUACAUGUCUCCUGUGGACGAUGUGUUUGAGGAGCACUCCCUCCCUUGUUCACUGUUUUUUAAAUCAUUUAAGUCUGUCAGCAGUUGCUAAACGUGAAAAAAGUGCCUUUUCUCCUCUUGCAAAUUUCCUCUUCCCCUACCUCCAAGUACACUACUUACCUUUUUGACCCUGACCUCCUGACAACCCCAAGGCUAGUUUCCGUCUUUGGUAUUUCUGAGUGUGAUUUGUUGUUGACUUUCUCUUAAACUGUUGAAAUAAAAUGCACCCUUGCUUUGUGCUUA